AUGGGACAUGAAAAUGAACCUCUUGACGAAUUUAUUGAAGCACACAGAACCUGUUUCAAUGAUCUUAUGUACUUUCCUACUGGUAAUGCGUAUGGUCUUUCUAGUGUUGCUGGGAACAUGGAAAAGGUAGCAGCUUUACAAAAUGAAUUUGAGAAUAUGAGAAACAAAUUGGAUGAUGGUAAUGAGAAGAUGGUACGGUUUGAGAAGAAGGUGAUGGUUCUCACACAAGGUUAUGAGCUUGGGUUAAUUUUCAGUAAUGAGGGUGAAAGCCUCUGGCCACAAGUUGAGGCCACUUUCAAGCAGAUGGACAUAGCUGCAACUCAAUUAGAAUGCUUUAAAGUUUUGCAAAAGCAGGAGCAAUUAGCAGCAUUAAAUAGAAUAAACAAUCUAUGGGCUGAAGUACAGAAGCAAAAGGAACUUGAGAAAACUUUGCAAAAUAGGUACGGGAGUCUAAUUGAGGAGCUGGAGAAGAUGCAAAAUAUCAUGGACCAAUGCAGAUUACAAGCACAACAAGAAGAAGAAAUUGAAACACACAACCAUGCUCAUGAGUCAAUUGAGACCAAGACCGAUGAAACUGAUGUACAGAGUACAGAGAAUUGUGAAGUUGUUCCUCACUCGGCGGAGGAUGGAAAUGCUCAAACAGUAGCAGUUGAGUCAUCACAUGAUGGAACUGCUGACCGGCAAGUGGAUAUCGUGCAAGACCAGGCUACUUCUAGACCCAGUUAUGACAAACCACACAUUAAACUAAUGUUAAUUCUACAAAUGUUUCACAAACUGCAGAGAACGUCGCAGAAGAAAUGA